GACUUAAGUACUAUCUAUUCUUUCCUUCAUGGACUGGACAUACUCUCACAUUUCAGGGAACAUCAGCUCAGAAUAAUGUCAUCAAGUGCCCGCUAUGAGAGGUACAAGGGCAACCAGGUUCUCUUUUGCUCAGAAACUAUUGCAAGAUGCUGGUAUAUACUGCUUUCUGGAUCAGUGCUCAUGAAGGAUUCCAUGUUUUUACCACCUUGCAGUUUUGGCAAGCAGUCUGGAGGAAAGCGAGGAUGCGAAUGUAUCAUAUUGGAGCCUUCAGAAAUGAUUGUGGUGGAGAACUCGAAAGACAAUGAGGAGAACAUCUUGCAAAGAGAAGUCCCGCUCAGGCAGUCCCGCCGGAGGUUUAGGAAGAUCAACCAGAGGGGCGAGCGUCAGACCAUCACCGACAACGUGGACUCCAGCAGUUACCAGUCGCUUCCAGCUGAUCUUACCAAGAUGCAUCUUACUGACAAUCCUCAUCCUCAGGUGACGCAUGUCCCUUCAAGCCAGUCGGGAUGUAGCAUUGCCAGUGACUCUGGGAGCAGCAGCCUAUCUGAUAUUUAUCAGGCUACAGAGAGUGAGAUGGGAGACGUUGAUUUAACAGGUCUUCCAGAAGCACCUGUAGACUCUGAAGAUGAAGAAGAGGAGGAGGACGAAGACAUUGACAGAACUUCCGAUCCACUUCUAGGGCGAGAUGUUGUACGAGAGUGCCUUGAGAAAGAGCCCGCAGAUAAAACUGAUGAUGAUAUUGAGCAAUUACUGGAAUUUAUGCAUCAACUCCCUGCCUUUGCAAACAUGACCAUGUCUGUGAGGAGAGAACUUUGCUCAGUGAUGAUAUUUGAAGUAGUAGAGCAAGCAGGAGCCAUCAUACUUGAAGACGGCCAAGAACUUGAUUCUUGGUAUGUUAUUUUAAAUGGCACAGUGGAAAUCAGCUAUCCUGAUGGGAAGAGUGAGAGCCUCUGUAUGGGAAAUAGUUUUGGGAUUACUCCCUCUCUGGACAAACAGUACAUGAACGGAGUGGUCAGAACCAAAGUGGAUGAUUGUCAGUUUGUGUGUAUAGCCCAGCAAGACUACUGGAGGAUCCUGAACCACGUGGAAAAAAACACUCACAAAGUGGAGGAAGAAGGAGAAAUUGUGAUGGUAAAGGAGCACAGGGAGCUGGAUCGCAGUGGAACCAGAAAAGGACACAUAGUUAUCAAGGCAACACCCGAGCGACUCAUCAUGCACUUAAUAGAAGAACAUUCGAUUGUGGAUCCAACCUACAUUGAAGAUUUCCUUCUAACAUACAGAACAUUUCUAACAAGCCCCCUGGAAGUUGGCAAUAAACUCCUGGAAUGGUUCACAGUGGACAGCCUCAGGGAUAAGGUUACCAGAGUGGUCUUGCUGUGGGUGAACAAUCAUUUUAAUGACUUUGAAGGAGAUCCUGCUAUGACUCGAUUCUUGGAAGAGUUUGAAAAGAACUUAGAAGAUACGAAAAUGAAAGGCCAUCUCAGAUUGCUGAAUAUUGCCUGUGCUGCCAAAGCCAAAUGGAGACAAAUUACCCUGCAGAAACCUUCUAGAGACUCACCACUGUUCUUCAGCCUCCUUGGAGGAAGCGACAAGGGCUUUGGUAUUUUUGUAGAGACUGUAGAAAUAGGCAGUAAAGCGGCAGAAGCUGGACUUAAGCGUGGAGACCAGAUAAUGGAAGUAAAUGGACAGAAUUUUGAGAACAUUACCUUUGUAAAAGCUCUGGAAAUCUUAAGGAACAACACUCACCUCUCCAUCACUGUAAAAACAAACAUUUUUGUGUUUAAGGAGCUGCUCUGCAGGAUAGGACAAGAGAAGAACGGAAUUCCACAUAUUCCCAAAAUCGCAGAAAAGAAAAACAACCGUUACUCCAUCCCCGAUAUGCCUGGAGAUGUGGAACAGAUGUUUCCCCGUGAAAAAGGAAACAAGAAAAUGAAAGCAAACACUGUAUCUGGUGGGAGAAACAGAAUCAGGAAAAUUUUAGACAAGACAUCCAAAACUGUUCAGGUUGUGCACAUAAUUGAACCCAACCUGUUUUGCAGCGACGGGAGCGUGAGCCAGUCACAGGACGACAGCAUUGUUGGGACGCGGCAGUGCAGGCACAGCCUGGCCAUCAUGCCCAUUCCAGGAACCCUCUCAUCCAGCAGCCCUGACCUUUUGCAGCCUACAACUAGCAUCCUGGAUUUCUCUAAUCCUUCAGCUGUUGGGUUUUACUAUAUUCCGGAUCAGGUAAUCCGAGUUUUCAAAGCAGAUCAGCAGAGUUGUUACAUUAUCAUCAGCAAAGACACCACAGCCAAAGAGGUGGUGAGUCACGCCGUGCACGAAUUCAACCUCACAGGCGCCCCCGAGACCUACUCCCUCUGCGAAGUGUCAGUCAGCCCAGAGGGAGUCAUCAAACAGCGGAGGCUCCCAGAUCAGUUCUCCAAGUUGGCCGACAGGAUUCAGCUCAAUGGACGAUAUUAUCUUAAAAACAAUAUGGAGACGGAGACUUUAUGCUCAGAUGAGGAUGCUCAAGAGCUGCUAAGAGAAAGCCAGAUUUCCCUCCUACAGCUGAGCACCAUUGAGGUCGCCACUCAGCUCUCCAUGAGAGACUUUGAACUCUUUCGCAAUAUCGAGCCUACAGAAUACAUUGAUGACCUUUAUAAGCUGGACUCCAAGACAGGAAAUGCUCACCUGAAACAGUUUGAGGAUGUCAUCAACCAGGAGACCUUCUGGGUUGCCAUGGAAAUUCUAGCAGAGCCCAACCAACUCAAGAGGAUGAAGAUUAUUAAGCAUUUCAUUAAAAUUGCCCUCCAUUGCCGAGAAUGCAAGAACUUCAAUUCCAUGUUCGCGGUUAUAAGCGGGUUAAAUCUAGCACCAGUAGCACGUCUCAGAGGCACUUGGGAGAAGUUACCAAGCAAGUACGAAAAGCAUCUCCGAGACCUUCAAGAUCUUUUUGAUCCAUCUCGAAACAUGGCAAAAUACCGCAACAUCCUCAGCAGCCAGAGCAUGCAGCCUCCAAUUAUUCCACUUUUUCCUGUUGUCAAGAAGGAUAUCACCUUUCUCCAUGAAGGAAAUGAUUCCAAAGUGGAUGGCCUGGUGAAUUUUGAGAAGCUCAGGAUGAUUGCCAAGGAGAUUCGCCAAGUUGUCCGAAUGACGUCGGCAAACAUGGAUCCGGCCGUAAUGUUCAGACAAAGGAAGAAGAGGUGGAGAAGUUUGGGGUCUCUGAGCCAGGGCAGCACAAACUCGAACAUGUUGGAUGUACAGGGAGGUGCUCACAAAAAACGUGCCCGGCGCAGCUCGCUCCUGAAUGCCAAGAAGCUGUACGAGGAUGCCCAGAUGGCCAGGAAGGUGAAGCAGUACCUGUCCAACCUGAACGUGGAGACAGACGAGGAAAAGAUCCAAAUCUUGUCGCUUCAGUGCGAGCCUGCGUAUAGCACAUUGACAAAGAAUUUAAGUGAGAGAAGAGGAGCAAAAUCCUCGGAAAUGUCUCCAGUACCCAUGAGGUCAAUUGGCCAAACCACUAAAGCCCAUCAGCAUCAACAGAACAGGAUGAGUCAAGUUCUUCAGGUUCCAACUGUGAAUUUAUACCCCAGUAGGAAAAAGGGACUGACAAAGGAUCACGUCACAUUCAGCACAGGUUCCCCACAGAAGUCAUUAAGCUUGUCUGAGGAAGUAAGUAGUAAGAAACAAACAGAUGACACAAUGUCCAUGGCAUCUUCUUUGCACUCCAGCCCUCCUGCUUCUCCUCAGGGCUCUCCACGCAAAGUUGGUAACAUCCAAAGGUCGGAUAACUGCAGUCAGAUGAACCUCUCUGGCUCUUCCUCAUCACUCGCCAGUGAAGCCAGCAACAAGAACAGUGGACAACGCAGCUAUGGAAUAG